GCGAAUUCGUCGAAGACAGUCUACCGACUGAAUCUGAACCUGCUCCUGAACCGGAACCAGCAGCGACUUCAACGCUUUGUUGGAAAUGUUUCCGUUUACUAUAUAAGAAGAAACGCGCAAACAAAUUGAUAACAGACGGCUGUGUUCCAUUCCGAAGAACUUGGAAGUAUCUGUUGAAGAAGGCCCGGAAAGGCUGUGAACUCUGCAUCAUGAUUUCUUCUAAAAUCCAAUACAUGAGAGAUGGCCCAAUGAAAAUUAGCGAACUCACAGAUGAAGUUCUUGCCAGGAACAUGGAGUUUGAACUGCGCGAUGCAAGGACAAAUAGGAUGGGAGAGCUUAUAGGUGACAGGAUGGCAAACUUUGCUGCAUCAGAACUUUUGAGGGUAGAGGUUCGUGUGCAAGAGGAGGGAAUAUUUCAGUGGGAAAGUAUAGAAGAGUUCAAUGUAUCCGCGAAUAUCGGUAAUCCAACUGCAAGAUAUAUCAACCGUCGGCCACGGAUUUACGACAUAGCUUCUGAAAGCAGCUUCCAAAUGACGAAAGAGUGGUUAAGCACUUGCCACAGUUCACACGACAGCUGUCCUCCAAUGAACCUUGUGCAACUGCCCACUCGCGUCAUUGAUGUUGGGACAUCCACAUCUGAUCAGCAAAGGCUGAUAACAACAAAUAGUAUCUUAGGGAAUUACGCAGCAUUGAGCUACUGCUGGGGAGGAGAACCACAGCCGCUUAUCACUAGCAAAUCGAAUGUUGAAACUCUUUCCAACAAUAUCCCCACCUCAUUAUUGGCCAAAACAAUCCGGGAAGCCAUCUUCGUCACUCGACAGCUGGGACUUCGCUACAUUUGGAUUGAUGCAAUCUGCAUAAUUCAAGAUUCAGCCGCCGACAGAGACGUCGAGCUCACUCGCAUGGGCGAGAUCUAUGAAAUGGCAGCCAUCACGAUCGUAGCAGCCAGUGCAAAACAUUGCAAGCAAGGUUUUCUGCAGCGGAGAUCGUAUCCGUGGGGACCCACGGACCCUUACUUUACUGGAGAUCAGCCGAUCAACCACAGAGGUUGGACACUACAAGAGUUUCUCCUUCCGCCACGAAAGCUCAUAUACAGCGCAACGCAAUUGAUGUGGCAGUGCAAUUCUGCCCAGGCAGAGCUUGGAAACAGUGCGAAGAAAGCGGGCGAUCCUUUUUCUUCACUGGACCAAAAGCUCGAUGCCAAAACGAUGCACGAUAUCCGCUUCAACUGGCAGGUUCUUAUUCAGAACUACAGUAGCCGCUCUUUAACAAACAAAGACGAUAUGCUUCCCGGAAUAUCUGGUAUUGCCUCAAAAUUCGCCCGCUUCCUAAGAGAGGAGUAUAAAGCAGGGCUUUGGUACUCCGAAUCAGACAAAUCGAAUUUCGUUCAAGAGCUGCUUUGGAUUGUACAAAAACAUGAAGAAGUUUCUUUAUUGGACUGGGCGCAAUCAAAUCGGUAUACGGCACCUAGCUGGUCAUGGGCUGGGUAG